AUGAAACAGCCGUCAAAGCCCUCGGGUGAGCAGUACCGAAAGAGAAGAAAGGAGGAGGAGGAGAAGAAGUCCCAAUAUAAAGUUUUCGAGCAUCAGCGAGACUACGAGGUGGACGGCAGAGAUUAUCACUUCGUGGUGUCCAGAGAGCAGAUGGAGAAGGACAUCCAGGACCACAGGUUCAUCGAGGCGGGACAGUACAACAACCACCUGUACGGAACCAGCGUCCAGUCGGUCCGAGAGGUUGCCGAGAAGGGUAAACAUUGUAUCCUGGACGUGUCGGGGAACGCCAUCAAGAGACUCCAGCUGGCUCAGCUUCACCCCAUCGCCAUCUUCAUCAAACCCAAAUCUGUGGAGAACAUCAUGGAGAUGAACAAGCGUCUGACGGAGGAGCAGGGCAGGAAAACCUUCGACAGAGCCACCAAGCUGGAGCAGGAGUUCACCGAGCAUUUCACAGCCAUCGUUCAGGGCGACACUCUGGAGGAGAUCUACGAUCAGGUGAAGCAGAUCAUCGAGGAGCAGUCGGGUCCGUUCAUCUGGGUUCAGUCCAAGGAGAAGUUAUGAGGAUCAAAACUCUGUCUGCUCCAUCGCUCCUCUCUUUAGAUUCAGUUUGUUUUAUUUUGAAAAGAAAAGUCGACCUGCAGACGGCAGCCUCACCCCUUCCUCACCCCUCCUCACCCCCCAACCCCCCGAUCUACGACCCGACACUGACGGUGUUUUAUUUUGUAUUUCUGCCUGAAUAAGACUCCAUUAUUGGGUUUCCUGACCAGCACAGUAAAGCACACAGGAAGUAUGACGACAUCACACUGAACGCGGUACAGCUCCUUAAUGUUUAAGGGAGGAGAACUAAAGAGGAAGAGGAGGAGGAGGAGGAGGAGGAGGAGACGUGUCCAUGAAAGUGGAGAGAAGAAACGUACGAAGCAGAUUUUCUGUCUUUUUUUUUUUUUUUGUGGGUUUUUUUCCCUUUUGUUUGUCUCGUAAGGUAAACGUCGGUGGACGGACAGAGUUUCAGUCUCAGGCAGCGUCUGUCGGUCCGGAGGAAGGCGGAGACACAAAAAGCAAAA